GUCGGGAACGGCGGCAUUGGUUGGAUAGCAGUGGUUCGUAGGUCAACUACGAGCCUUCUUCCAAUCACCGGGUGGAUCCCUUCAAGUUUUUCGGGCGACGCGAUCGAGACUUGUUCUACACUGCGCGCUGCUCUGCCCUCACAACACUCGCACAAACACGCACAUCUGGUACACGCACUGUCCACGCACGCACACUGUUGCACCGUCGUAUUUGAGCUGUGCAAUCAUGGACUCGGCGGCGAUCAAUCCUUCCGUUGCCGGACCGGCUGAAGCGUCGGACCAGCUCAACGUCAAGGCUUUCUACCUGGACGAGGUGCGACGCAUGUCGGUGAAGCAUGCGCUGCUGACGCGGCCCAAGCGCUUCCUGAACGAGGUCGGCCCCAAGUUUCCAGCGCUUGCUGGGCACAAUGGCGGCUGGUUUAGCGAUUUUGCUGUUGCUGUUCAGCAUGAUGCCGUGGCCGAGGGUGAAUGGCGCUUGUGUCGCGACAAGGCCAGCUUCAAGGCAGCGCUCGGCGCCGUGGCGACCAGCUCGGCGUCGACGCCUUUGCGCAUCAAGAUGGUUCCCACUGAUGCCGUGAAUGCCUUGGAUGCCGAUGCGGAUGCCGAUGCGGAUGCCGAUGCGGAUGCCGAUGCCUCAAACGCUAUUGUCUCCAGCAGCCCUCAGGCUGCGAGCGCCAAGGAUGAGGCCGAGGUCAACGUGGUGGAUACGGCGGGGGUGGCAUAUGCUGCAGCGCUGGAUCAGCUUGACGCUGCCAAGGCCCGUUUGGCGCGCGUGAAGGAGCAAAAUCGCCGCACUAUCGAAACGGUCAAGGCCUAUGUGGAGCAGGUCAAGUCGGACAAUGCUGCUCGUUUGGUCGAUGCUCGAGCCGCCGUGGACACGGCCAAGGCCAUGGUCACGGCCACCAAAUCGGUGGUUGAGGCCACGGGAGCCAAGCCGCGCAAGCAGGCACGUCGUCACCGUCAACCGGCAGCCGCUGAUGCGGUUGCAACCGAAACUGAAACUGAGGCGACGAGCCAAGCCGCUACAACCAUGGGCGAGACCGAGGCGACUGGCCAUGGUAUGCGCUGCAAGGACAAGGUUGUCUCUGAGGUCAAGGCCACUGCUUGCGACACUGCGGCAGAGAGUUCGUUGGUGCGGAAGCAACAGGCCCGCGAUGCCGCACUCAUUUUGGUGGAGCGUGUUCACGGUCGUGGCCGUGGUCGCGGUCGCGGUCGCGGUCGCGGCUUUGGUGGUCGAGGUGGUCACGGACAUCAUCAUCAUCAUCAUCACCAUCAUGGCACACGCCACGGUGACUGGCGCAAUGAGUUUCGUACUCAUCAUUGGGAGCGCAAGGCCCAGUCCUUUGACCUUGUUUCGGAUUUGAGCACGCUUGAGCCCGGUACAGUGGUGAUGGUGCGCACAAUGGCACCCCACGCCACCUUCAAGAGCCGCAAGGGUGGUUUGCGCAUCGAGUCCAAUUUUGCGGUGAAUUGCCGUGGUGGAUGGGGGCCCUUUGCUCGACUGCUGGUUGUGGCCUGCGAUGAUCAGGGCCGCAUUCAGCUGCGUCGUGGCGUCGAUGGGCCAUACCUGGCGCUGCUUGAGGGAACGCUCGGGGCCUCCGCAAACGUGCGGGAUGCAGUCUGGGUGCGCCUAAGUCCGGUGAACAAGACCACCGGCUGCGACAAAGCCAAGGAUGAAGGUGAGCCCGAGACGGAGGCGUCGCUGGUGGGUGUGCUGGUGGAGGGCCAAUAUCCCGGGGAGCCUGGCUACUGGGUCUGUGUGGAGCCGUCGGGCGAUGUGCGUUUGUCACCAUCGUCUGCCCGCGAAGCCAUGACUACAGCCCCGCCCCCGGAGGCCCGUUUUCACCUGUUUCGCCAACCUUUGAGCCAAGAGAACGAGAGCCAAGAGAACGAGAGCAACGCCGGCAUGGCGCGCAACGUCUACGAAGCCGACUCGAGCUCGCACCUUAACGGGCAGCAUGGCAAUCAUGAUCGUCCUAGCGAUCCUGCUCAGGGCCACCCCGCUUUUGGGCCAGCCCCUGACUGGGAUGGUCCGUUCCUCGGCCGUCACCACGGCUUUGCUGGCCAAGGUCCUCACCACGGUCCUCACCACGGCCACCAUGGCUUUGGGCAUCAUGGCUUUGGUUUUGGGUUUGGUUUUGGUGGUUGUGGUCGCGGCCGUGGCGGCUUUGGUCGCGGUCGUGGCUUUGGUGGUUUUGGUCGUGGUCGCGGCGGUUUUGGCGGCCGUGGGAAUGACUUUUCUGCGGACGAGCUCCAGCAGCCGAGCCACUCACCGCACCGUCAGGGUGGAGAAAGGUUCGAGGCCCUGCUCAAUCGCAUGGGGCCGGAAGCUCGCGUAGAGCAUCGAACCGCCAAGCUGCAGCGGCUUGAGGCCCGAGCGGCUCAGUUGCGUGCUGCCUUGGAGGCCGAUGAAGCAGCCGUGGCGCAGUCGCGCCCCGUGCCCAUCGUGUGCAAGAUCAAUGAAACCGCCCUUCAAGAGUGUAUGGCUGCAUCAGCCAGCCCUCAGCAAGGUUCAGCCUUGCCUGGCGCCCGCGCCGCCACCGCCGCCACCCCAGCCACCCCAGCCGAGGCGCAUGAGAAUGCGCACGAGGAGGCCUCCUCUUCAAGCGAUGAGUGGGUAUGCGUGGAUGAGCUUUUGAGCGACGAGGAAAACGAGGAGAACAAUGUCACCGCUAUCGACCACGCUGAGCUUCCGCAGGCCGUGUUGAAGACUGGCCAGCGUGUUGUCAUCAAGUCUGGCCUGAAUGGCCAGCUUCUCGUCUGCAACCCUGAUGGUACCCUCACCGCUGCCACCAAUGCUUGGGCCGAGGCUGCCGUGUUCUGCGUCACUGCCCACUCGGACUCUGUUGAAGACCGUUUGGUGGUGCAGCUCCGCGUGAUGAACAGCGGCAGCUCUGGAUUUUUGCGUGCAGCGCCUUGGAGCCAGCAUGCUGACGUCAAUGGCUCUGGAGGCCGGUUUACCCGUUUGAUUGUGGAGCCUCGUGACGGGGUCAUGAUCGCGCUCGCUUCGGAAGCGCUUGCUGGCUGUCAUCUGGCCGUUGCCGAAGACGGACAAGUCAUUCAUCUCAAGCAGAUGCCAUUGCACUUGGGUACAGAAUUUCUGCUCAUUCCCUUGGCUGAGGCUGCCGAGUAGGCUUUUGCUCCUCGCGCCCCUCCACGAUGACUUGUGUGUGUUUAAGAAACACACAAGCACUCGUGCCUCUUCCUGUUUGAUGUGGUCCUGUGAGCGUGCUUGUUUGCGUGUGUGUUGUAUCGGGUGCGUGCGUGUGCGUGCCCCUUUUUGAGGUGUGCAGUUGCCUUGGCUCUAGCUGAGGUGACUCAAGUGGUGGCUGUCGCCGUCUGUGCGUAAUUCUCGGAUAUACUCUGCGCGCUAGCCAAGGAUCGCUUUGUUGAUCGAUCUUCUCUUCUGCUGGCACGUACGUAUGUUAUCUUCAUUACGUUUUUUACAGCUGCAUGCCUGAUCUUGUCCGUCUCCCUCUUGGCGCCCUGAACCCAUUUUUUGGACGCGCGUUGAUGCCUUUUCGACUCUCUUCUUGAAGUCUUAAAAUUGAUCUCAAAGUUCCAA